AGUGAUGAUGGAACCAAAAGGGAGAUGACCCUGAUAAUGUUCAUCUCCUACAGGAAGCAUGUGUGAAAACAUGAGGCAGGAGUAGUUGAGCUUGCGCCUGGCAGUAGCACUUGAGAUUAUCCAGAGAUCUAAGGGAAGAACUCGAUCAAGAUUAAAAGAUCGAGGAAAGAAAACAUGAGUGAGAAAGUGAUGAAAAAUUCUUAAGCAAGGUGGCAACAGGCUUGUAGGGAUAGGUACAUAAGAGCCUCCAGUUGGUUCUGUUGAGAAGUUUUCAUACUCAGUGUUGAUCUUGAACUCUUGCUUCCAAAACUCAGAUGGAUGAGCGAUAUCAAGAUCUUGAGAUAGAAAUCCAAGGAUCCCAUUUAAAGCUUCAGCAGGAAUGGUCAGGAGAUGUCAGUAGACAAUAGUGGUGAAACUUCGAGUACUCACACCCUGACACAAAGGUUGGAGUAGAAGUAUUUCUCAUGACCAGGACAGGUAGGAUGGAGGGGUUGACGAAGAAGGAUAUCUCAUCCUAUUCCUUCUACGAGGAAAAUGAUGUCAUAUUUGUAGAGGUUAAACUCGUAUGGGUCAAGUUGAGUGAUGUGGUGGCGCCGUCUGUCGUUAAAGUGCUGGAGGUGGCGAUGUCUGUUGAUAACCACAAGCUCAUGAAACACAUACCCAGGAAAUGUAUAAACCAGUCUGUCAAAGCGGAAUGGUCGGGGUAGGUGAUCGCUCAUGAUUGAGAGGUUUGGAGUUUUUGGUUAGUGUUUUGGUGUUUGUGGGAAGUGAGGAGAAAUGAGAACGAGACAGGGUUUAUAUAGCAGAGGAGAGAAAGAUAGUAGAGAAAGAUGAAGAGUACCCCGCAGGGCAUAAUAAUAAUGAGUAAAUAGUGGCAUGUAUAAAGUUUGUCUUGGGAAGAGGCAAACAUGAGCCGUGAAGUUACUUUACUUCACAACCCAAGAGAAGAAAAAUGCCUAGAGGAGGAGAACCAAUAAGUGUUUUAGCUUUUCAGAUUUUUAAUUUGCUCAAGAGAAUUUAAGCUUAAUUCAGUACACAACUGAAGGAAACGUUCACUAGAGAGGGGUUUUGUAAAUAAGUCAACCAGUUGAAGUUUAGUAAACACUAAGUGUAAGCAUACAUGUCAUGCUUGAACUUGAUCCCUUAUAAAGUGAUAUUUUAUCUCUAUGUGUUUGGUUCUUGAAUGUUGUACUGGAUUUUUUGCCAUACAAAUUGCACUUGUGUUAUCACAACAUACAGGAAUAUUUUGAAAUUUAAAACCGUGAUCAGAUAGUUGAGCUUUCAUCCACAUAAGUUGAGCACAACAGCUUCCAGCUCCCAUGUACUCAGCCUCAGUAGUAGAAAGAGCAAUUGCUCCUUGUUUUUUGCUAAACCAGGACACGAGAGCAGGUCCUAGAAAUUGUAUAGUCCCUUAUGUACUUUUCCUAUCGACAAGACUCCCUCCGAAGUCCGAAUCACUAUAUCCAACUAAAUCAAAUGAAUCUGUCAUUGGACACCAUAACCCUACUUUAGUAGUCCCCUUAAGAUAUCUAAAUAUUCGUUUUUACAGCUUUGAAAUGGCUUUCUUUAGGUUUAGAUUGGAACCUUGCACAUAGACCUACACUAGACUGAAUAUCUAGACGACUGGAUGUUAAAUAAAGAAGAGAUCCAAUCAUUCCUCUGUAUUUUUUCUCACAGAAGGGUAUACUAGUUUCAUCCUUGUCUAGUUUGAGAUUAGUAGCCAUAGGUGUUGAGGAAGCAUUCACAGACCCCAUGUUAAACUUCUUUAACAUAGAUUCAAUGUAAUUCGUUUGGCUUAUGAACAUACCUGAUUUAGUUUGCUUGAACUGUAAUCCAAGAAAGUGAGAAAGCUCACCCAUCAUGCUCAUCUCAAAUUAUGCCUUCAUGGAUUCAGAGAACUUGGUGCAUAUAGAAUGACUGGUUGAUCCAAAGACAAUGUCAUCAACAUACACUUGUACUAUUAGAGUGUCAGAGUUUUCCUUUUUGAUAAAAAGCGUUUUAUCUACAUUGCCUUAAGAAAACCCCUUACUUAUCAAGAAGGCAGACAAUUUUUCAAUCCAAGCCCUAGGAGCUUGCUUUAGACCGUAUAAUGCUUUUGACAGUUUGUAAAGAUGAUCGGGAAAUUCAUGAUCAACUAAACCAGGCGGUUGAUUAACAUAAAAUUCUUCCUUAAUUUCACCAUUUAAGAAAGCGCUUUUCACAUCCAUUUGAAACGAAGGUAUUUUCAUAUAGCAUGCAUAAGCUACAAAGGAGCUUAAUAGAUUCAAUUCAAGCAACAGGGGCAAAUGUUUCAUCGAAAUCUAUUCCUUCUUCUUGUGAGUAACCUUGUGCUACAAGUCUAGCCUUAUUUUUAGUUAUGUGUCCAUCUUCGUCUGUUUUGUUUCUAAAUACCCACUUUGUUCCUAUAAUCAUCCUAUUAAUUGGUCUAGGUACAAGUUCCCAAACAUGCAAUCUAGCAAAUUGUACAAGCUCUUCUUGCAUAGCACAUAACCAUUCAUCAUCAUUCAAAGCCUCUUUGUAAUUCUUAGGUUCUAGAAGUGAGACAAAGGCAUACCGACCUGGUCGAUACUUACCUCGAGUGUGGAUCCCGUCAUCCAGAUUUCCAAUAAUAUGAGAUACAGGGUGUCGCCUUUGUAUGUGUGCAAGAGCAAUUUUCUCUUCAGCUGAUGCAUAUUUGUCUUUCUUUAUUUCUUCUGAUGGGUCAUUGAUGACUCGAUAUUUUCACAUGUUUUCCCCUUUGUUUCUUGAUCGUUUGAGCUUUAAUUAUCGCGUCUUUGGCCUAUUUUAUGCUAGGUUGUGUUCCUUUGUCACAUUUCAGGUCCUAGCACCUAAAGUGAAGCAUAGGCGCAAGUUUCAAGUCAAUCAGAGAUCAAUUGGCGAGUCGGGAGAAGAAACUCGGGCAUGACCUGAAUAAGAAUGGAUUUCUACCUCACUUUAUGGACAAAGAAUCAUGCAAGCUUGUCAUUAAAAGAAAGAGGACGAGACUACGAGCGUCUGGGAUCAAACGGCGACUGAUUCGGAGUCCGGACGAGGGAGAAACGAAGCAUUGAAUAUAGGGGAACAGGUAAGGCAGUGAAAACACGGGCGCGCCUAAAUCAAAACACGGCCGUGCCCAUAUUUAGGCACGACCGUGUUUUGGCCAACGCGUGCGGGCGUGUUUUUAACACGGGGCAAAACACGGGCGGUCAAAAGCAAAGCACGGCUGUGCCCUCGACCGUGUUUUGCCCAGAAUCAGGUUUUUUAACGCAAAUUAGAGCCAAAGGAGAGGGAGAGCUGGGUUUUGGAUCCCAAACACCCAAGGGACGAACCAAAGAGAGAAAGGGCGAUCUGAGGGCAUUCUAAGAGUGAAAUUGGAGGAUUUCUUUGCCUUGGAAGCUCGAGGAACAAGCCCGGACUUGAAGAUUGAUCAUCUGAAGAUUCUUACUGCAGUCUCUCUCUUCUCUAUGGAGUAACUUCCCUUCACUUAGGUUUUGAGGAACCCUAGCUAUGUUUGUUUGAUUGGAUGAUUGUAUGAGUACUCUGACUUGAUAAUCUUGAGUUCAUAUUCAAUCUAUGCAUGUUUUCAUGAUUCAAUUCCGCUUUAGUCGAGAUUAUUGAUUCUGCUUUGAUCCUAUGAGAGGGAAUACCUGAUUAGGUCAAUAGAGCACCAUAGAUUGAUAGUAGUGGAUCGAUUACUUUAGUUGAGGGUUGAUUCACUGCUUUGUAUCGAUUGAGAACCUCUUUCGAUAGAGGGAGUCUAAUUCAGAACGCCUUGAUCAGUUGUUCUAGAGAAGGAUACGUCCCUCUAGGCAAUUGACUCAAGAGGGCCUUGUUCCUUUAGUCGAGACUCAAGGUCUAGUCGAGGAUUCUCCGCAUUGUGAAUGAAAGUGAAACAAGUUAGAAAUCAUCAAUCGUUAAUCUGGCUAGUGGCUAGGGGGAAUCAUACCUAAGUGAGUUCCCAACCUGUAAUUAGAUUAACUUUAACUAUAGUUUGCUAGAGUAGUUUUAGUUCUUCCUUAUUAAUUUGGUUUGCUAAAUAAUAAACUGAAGCUGAGUACUAGUAACUCUAGAGACCCGUGGAUUCGAUAUUUAUCACUUGAGCCACUAUACUGCAGUCCCUUCCAUUGGUUACACUUGGCCAUUGUUAGGUGUUGUGUUUUAGCGAGUCAAGUUUUUGGCGCCGUUGCCGGGGACUUUCUAGAGUAUUAGGAAAGGCAGAAGUUUGUUACUUUAGCGUUUUUCUUUUCUUUUCCACCCUUGCUUUUCACUUGGGUGUUUUUGUUUUUGUUGGUGCAGAUCUGAAUCAUGGAUCCUCUUGGCUUCUCCAACAAUUGGGGGUAUCCACCACCACCCGAGUGGUAUUACCCCGAGACUCCCUGGAGCAAUCAAGGAGGAGAAGACUAUGGAUUCGGGUUCCAGUACCAAACCCCUUACUACGGAGAACAACCGGACCCCUGGGCAUAUCCAGAACAACCUCAUUAUCAAGAAGAAUUUCUCCCACAACCAGAAGGGCCAUCGGCGCUGGAGUUACUCAUGGAGCAGUUUGCUCGAGACUGUGAGAGAACAUGCUCCAGGAUGGAUCAGUGUGUCCAGGCCUAUCGUGAAACAGAUGAGAUCCUCCUGAGCCUUAAGAUGAGCGUUGAUGAUCUUGAGCGAUCUUUGGCACAACCUGCUCCAGAUCACAAUUCUGCUACCAUACAAGAAGAGGAGGAGGAAGAGGAAGGCUACAAGGACAUUGUGGAGCACACUAAAGUUGUCACGGAGAGCUCCCGUGAUGAUCAUGAUUCGGAGUGUCCUGUCGUAGCCGACCACACCUUCCCAUAUCCCAAACUGAGCUUUGAAGAGGCGGGCAUGAGUGAGGAGAAGCAAGAAGAUCUCAUGAAAGAAAUUGCUUGGCAACUUGCUCUCCAAUCCGUGCUAGAAGAAGAAGAGCAAGAAAGGGUGCAGAAAGAAGUUGUAGAGGAUGACGAAAGUGAAGCUAGAGGAGUUCUUGAUCAUUUCCCAGGGGUGAUACCACAUGAAGAAGGAAGGGAGGUUGAAGAAGCAAUUGGCGUCCAGGCUGAGGACGGAGUUAAGGUGGAAGAGGCUUGCACCGGCCAUGAGUUACAUGUGAUAUCUCCACCAAACUUCGAGGAAUUGCUUAGCAAGGACCCAUUUGCAGUGUCUCUUUGCCAGACCAAGGUCACAUCAACAUCGGUCCCUCUUGGUGGACGCGAUGGUGGUCAAUCGAUGCUGUCAUAUCUGGUUUGGGGCAACGAGACGAGAGAAGAGAAGAAGAGGUCUCGAGGGUGGAGACUUCAUCUGUAUCAAGUACAUGAGCCUUCAUCACCUGCCACACCACAUGCUCGUGACUUGAGACUCCACCUCAUCGACGAGAACCUCAACUUCAAGGAGGUUUUGGGGUGGACCGAAACUUAGGAGCCAUCGUCCGGCUCAUGACGUGAAAGAAGCGCUUGUUGGGAGGCAACCCAACCAGUCGGUUUGCAUUUCUUUCUCUUUUUCUCCUCGGUUGAGUCAGUUUUUUAUUUGAUUUUAGAGUCAAUAACUCAACCUUUGUGAGAUUCUGUGUUGUGUUUGUGUUCUGACCACUCUCUCCUCCGGGAAUACACCGCCUGCCCCGUCCACCAUCAUUCACCCUUGAUCUGGUAACUUCGUUCUACCCUCCUUAUCUUUCCUCCAUUGAGGACAAUGUCGUGCUUAAGUGUGGGGGGAUGUUCGAUUAUGAAUGCGUGUGAAUGUUUUGCUGUUUGUGUGCUUGGAGCCUAGUCCACUGUCCAAAUUACGAUUUGAGGGCUCCAAGUACUUGUUCCUUGCAAUUGCCUGCUCAGUAUGCUUUGAAUUGACAGUCUUUAUAGUAAUAUGCAACCUAGGGAGGUAGUGUAGCACUAUGGAGGAUGUUGAUGCAUUUAAGAAGUCUCAUUUCUUCUUCAUAUUGUGUUGGUUGAUUGUGUGAAUUAGUGAUAUUAGGACCCUUGAAUUGUGUGGUGUUGUGGACUCUAUGCCUGUCAUGGACUCCUGUAUCAUGUUUUGAAAUAAAAGGUGCUCGAUAAUGUGCUUUAAAAUAACGUCUCCCGUGCGAAUAGGGCGAAAGUGUGUAAGGGGAGACGGGAAUUCGUUCCCAAUUUCCACCUACUACCUCCAGCCCUCUUACAUUCCUUUUCCCCGCACGAGGCUCGAGACAUUUGCUUCCGGCAUGGCCGGUAACAGCCGGGUUCCCGAAAAACCUUUGCUAGGUGGGAGCCCCAUUUUCUGAAAAUCGGGUUGGAACCCUUGUAAAAGAAAGAAAAAAAAAGAGAACAAAAGAAAAGGAAAAAAAAGGGGGUUCCAACCGUCUUCAAAAAGAAAAUAAGAGCACCUUGAAAAAUGUGAGUCCAUGAUCUUUUGUUUUUGAGAGUCUCUUCGUCCACGAUUCAUUUUUCCUCUGAUCACUAUUUGCCAUGAUGCCGACUCGAGACUAGCGUUCUCGCCGAAGAAGCUAUGAGAUGACUUGUGCGUCGGUUGACCUCGUAAGCUGCUAAAUGAUCUAGAAAAUCCUCUAUCAAGGAUUGAGGGUGCAUGUUGCUAUAGAGGUCUGGAGAGCUGCAUUGGUUUGAGUUAGGUUUGCUUGGGGACAAGCAAACGGUUAAGUGUGGGGGGAUUUGAUGACUCGAUAUUUUCACAUGUUUUCCCCUUUGUUUCUUGAUCGUUUGAGCUUUAAUUAUCGCGUCUUUGGCCUAUUUUAUGCUAGGUUGUGUUCCUUUGUCACAUUUCCGGUCCUAGCACCUAAAGUGAAGCAUAGGCGCAAGUUUCAAGUCAAUCAGAGAUCAAUUGGCGAGUCGGGAGAAGAAACUCGGGCAUGACCUGAAGAAGAAUGGAUUUCUACCUCACUUUAUGGACAAAGAAUCAUGCAAGCUUGUCAUUAAAAGAAAGAGGACGAGACUACGAGCGUGUGGGAUCAAACGGCGACUGAUUCGGAGUCCGGACGAGGGAGAAACGAAGCAUUGAAUAUAGGGGAACAGGUUCG